UCUUUUCUCAAUUCUCAAUUUUCAAUAUUUUCCUCUCUUUUUAGACAAUGUCAACAACCUCCAAGAAGUUGAUCCCAGCUACAUCCCGCAAGGGAUGUAUGCGUGGUAAAGGUGGCCCCGAGAAUGCAAGUUGCACGUAUAAAGGUGUACGACAACGCACCUGGGGCAAAUGGGUAGCCGAGAUCCGCGAACCCAAUCGCGGAGCUCGGCUUUGGCUCGGCACCUUUGAUAAUUCUUAUGACGCUGCUGUCGUCUAUGACGCUGCAGCCCUUAAGCUUUAUGGUGCCGAAGCCAAACUCAAUUUGCCCCAUCUGUACAACAUUCCGGCCCAGGAUCAGUCCCAGGCCCAGGCCCAAAUCCAAAACUCUAGGCCCAUUACCAUCAUGAGCCCAUCUCUAGCUCCCGUUUCAGCUACUGCUCCAGCUUCAGUUCCUGCUCCGCUUGUACCUUCCGUUUAUAAUGUGGCUUCGCCAUCAACUUGGAGCGUAGGAACUGAUUCUUCGCUUUAUUUCAACGAUCAUGAUUUCGGUAUCAACAAUUUUUCUGCUAAUGAUAUUCCAUCUGCAUUUAAUUUAAUCGACAUUAAUAAAACAGCUGAUGAUCAUCCUGACGAAUUCGUUGAAAAAAACGAUAAUGCUACUAACAAUAAUCAAAGCAGUCAAGGACUUGGUGGAGAAAUGUUUAGGGAUCUAAACAUGAAUUUACCAGAAAUUGAUGAUUCAUCAAUUUGGGAAGAAGCUAAGGCAACAACUUCAUUUCAAGAAGCAGUAAAUGAUCCAGGAAUAGGUGGAUACAACUUGGAUGAUGGCCUUAAUUUUCCUCCAUGGUGUGGUUAAAUUAUUAUUAUAUGAUGUGUAUUUAUAUAUAUAUGGUAAAAAAAAUGCAUGCAUUAUAUAUGUAUACUUGUAAAGGUAUUAGAGCAUGCAAGUGGAUAAGGCAUGUUGAAGUUUAUGUAUAUAGAAAGAAGCUACUACUAAAAGUGUGUAAGUCAUUAAUAUGACGUGUA